AAUUGUUUUAACAGCUUUGUUUUCAACCAUACAGGUGUUGAGUCAGAAAAAAGAAACUUGAUAAUAUUUAAAAAGAAAACAAAUCGUUAUGAAAAAACUUACAAUGAUUCCGGUUGUUAUUUCAAUGUUCAUUUUCGUGUUAAAUGCAGAAUCUAUAAUAGAAAUUUCUCAAGGGAAAUUGGUAGGUACUACCAUGUUAUCUAGAAAUGGAAGGAUAUUUUCAGCUUAUCUUGGACUACCGUAUGCGCAAACUCCAGUGGGAAAUUUAAGAUUCAAAAGACCUUUACCAGCUGCUAACUGGCAAGGUGUUAAAAAAGCAACAACCCAUCAAAACUUCUGUCCUCAGCUAUUCCUAAAUAUAAUCAUAGGCAGUGAAGACUGUUUAUAUUUAAACGUUUAUAGUCCAUUGAGAACAAAAAAUAAUACACUACUACCAGUGAUGGUUUGGAUUCACGGUGGAGGUUUUUUUAGCGGAACUGGAAGCCUAUUUGGUGCAAAUAACUUCUUGGACAAGGACAUAAUUUUAGUAACAUUCAAUUAUAGAUUAGGAAUUUUGGGUUUUUUUACGACAGGCGAUUUGUCAGCACCAGGUAACUUUGGUCUAAAAGAUCAAGUUCUAGCAUUAAAAUGGGUUAAAAGGAACAUCAAAGCUUUCGGUGGAGAUCCAAAUAGAGUAACAAUAUUUGGAGAAAGUGCAGGUGGCGCAAGUGUCAGUCUUCAUGCUCUCUCAGAAGCAAGCAAUGGACUUUUCCAACAAUACAUUAUUCAAAGUGGCAGCUCUCUAAGUCCUUGGUGCCUUCAAAGUAGUAGUAAAUUUAGAGAACCUGUUAUGAAAAUUGCAAAAAUGGUCCAAUGUUCUUUCAAUAAUUCAAAAACAUUCGUUAAUUGCUUAAGAAGUAAAAGUGUGGAAACUUUAUUACAUACAAAUGGGGCAUUUGAUUCAAAACUAGAUUUUCAUCCUGUAAAAUGGUUACCAGUCGAAGAGCCUAAAAAUAAAGACGCCUUUUUAAUAGAUUCUCCAAAAAACUUAAUAGCUAACAAUAAAAUGAAAGAUCUUCCAUUCAUUAGUGGUAUAGUUGCUGAUGAAGGAUUAUUAUUUACUGAUGCUUCAUAUAAAGAUGAGAAUGUAUAUAAUUUUGUUAAAGCAGACAUAAGGAAUAUUCUCUCAUACACUGCUGAUCAUUUUCUCGAUUUAAAAAACACCAAUAAAUUCGUGGACGAUGUGAAGAAAUUUUAUUUUAAUAAUUCUUUUACAAUACCAGAAAAGUCAGAGUUUCUAAAAAGUCUCACCGACACUUUUAGUGACGCUGCAUUUCUAUAUCCAGAAUUAAGAUUGGUGCAAAAAACAACACCCAGAAUGCGAAAUUCUAAUUAUUUGUAUUCCUUUGGUUUAGCAAAUUCUUCACCAAAUACUGGAGUUGGUCAUGGUGGAGAAUUACCAUUUUUAUUUCCAUUAUUAGUCAAUGUUAAUUUAAAUGUAAGUCAAAUUUUGGUGGAUUUGUGGACUUCAUUUGCUAUUAAUGGAAAGCCAACAUCUUCUAAGUUAACUCCACCUGAUCUGUGGAAACCAUAUGACGUACAGAAGAAUACUCAUCUUCAAAUUGGAAAUAUUGAUAACAACACAGAUCCGAAAAUUACACUUUCGAAUUCAUUCUAUACAAAGAGGAUGAAUUUCUGGAAAACUAUGUAUCCUAUUUGAUAUUUUUAUUCUUUCUAAAUAAGAUAAGAAUUUAUUUAUUUAAUUGAAUCUCCACAGACAUUUAGGUAAUAAAUAAUAGUUUCAAAAAAAAAUUUCAUUAAUUUCUGUCGUCAAAUCGCAAUUUACCUUCUUUACUGUUUUGAUUUCUCGUUUGAAGUAAGAUUUCCUAAGAAGAAUACGAAACUGAUUCUAGAUUUUAAAAAUACAAAAUGGCGGAUCCAAUAUGGCGGACUUUUAUUCAAAAAGGGUACCUAAGUGCUCUGUACAUUUGUCUACUUGAAUUACCUGAAUGUUUACCAAAAAGUGAACCAUUUAAGAAAAUACAUUGUUUAUUACACGUCAUAUUUUUGGAGAUAAUCCCUUAACCCCUUGGCUGUCAACGAGAUUUCCACUG